CGGUGGUGGUGGUGGUGAGACAACGAUCGGCCGAGUGAGGAAAGUCUCUAUCUGUCCCAAAGCGAGCGCGGCUCCUUGAAUCGAACACCAGAACAUCUGAGCAGGUCGCACAGAGCGGUCACUCGAGACUAGUGUGGCCACUGUGUAACUGAGUGAUCGUCUGUUUGGCCGCGUGGAGGCGCGCUCAUUUGAACAGCCGCCGGCAGGACAAAGUGUGUACCCGACUUGUGUACAGUUGGCGGGCAUUCCUCCGACUCUCUGUCCUCGUGUGUGUAUCGUCUCUCCGUACGUCGUAAUUAACGACUACUACCGUUAUUAUUGCUGCAACUACGAAGUGUAACAUCCGUGAAAGUUGUUCGUUCACUACAGGAAGCGCAGACGAUAGUUCGGAGCUAACGAAAACAAGAAGCGGGUAUUCGAAACGAUGGAGUAGUUAGAGCACGCCUGCUUAGUACGCGAUUUCAGGGCAUCGUGUUCGAUUUCAUAUUAUAUUGAUAGGUGUUACUAUUUAUUGAUUGCUACGUUGGAUUAUGCGUUCUCAUCAGUUGCAUCUUAUUAGCUUUGUGAUUGCGUGAGGCUGAAAUUCAAAGCAUCAGGGUUUCUACGUGAAGCCCCCUUAGAGCAUUUAUUAGAGAGACGGCCCCGUGUACCUUAUUGGUGCCAUCAUAUAUGAGUGUGAACGUAUGCACCGAAUGUGAAUGAGUGGAGGAACAAGUUUUUGGGUUAGCGCAGUAUUUCAUCGAUUUGAGCCAGUGCGCGGAUAGGCCAGUGACUAAGUGAACUUUACGGGUUUCCCGCGCUCCAACCCGUAAGGGUUGCCUGUCUACUUUACUCCGCUGUCGGAAUCCUUCUGUCCGUGUUUGUAACUACUACGUACGUGUAGUUGUUGAGUAGGCAAGCGGUAAUCACAGGUCCUUCCUGCGUCAACAGCCGCUCUGUAGAUCUGUGUGAGUGCGGGUAUCCUGCUUCCGGCACGUGGCCAUUUCAUGUGCCAUGAUGACGUGCGACUCUUGCCCUGCGUGUCCCGUUCCCUUGAAGAGGUCGAGAAAUGUUCAGCUCAAAUCUCAGCACGUUCACCUUAGUCAAACAGUUGGUGAAAUCGUCUCAGAUGAAGAUGUCUCAAUGGUCGUGGUGCCGCGCGGAGCUAGUUCGCCUAUCGAGUGCCCCGGCUGCGACAGUCACCCCCGGCCGCGUAAAUCAUCACCGCUGCAUACACCAACUCUAUCGCUGAGCCUUGAACGCCAAUUGAAACGCCAGCAAAAUUUGCCUGCAGGCCAAGUGGUGGCUAGGCAUAGAGGUCUAACAGUGUCAAUUCAAAGGGCUGCUACCUUCGUCAUGACAUCGUCGGCCUGCGGUGGUCCUGGUAUUGGCGGCCGGGCCACGCUUAUCGACGACGAGAAGGCCGGCGCCAUCAGCAAGAGUACUAUCGACGCUGUUGAUUGCCACGAACUUGCGGCCCUACUGGGAAAAAGGGACGAUCUUCUGAUCAUCGAUUCAAGGUCGUUCAUGGACUAUAACACGCACCACAUUCGACGAGCGGUCAAUGUGGCCAAUUCAAAGAUCGGCAAACGGCGACUUCAACAAGAGCGUGUAUCGGUCCGAGAUCUUCUAGUCAACAACUGUGAUGCUGAUUCGUACCAUUGGGCAGUUCUGUACGAUGUCAACAGUCGAACAGCGGCCCAACUGCCAGCUGAUUCCUUCCAGGCGAUUCUUCUCGAGAAGUUGGCAGCAGUCUUUCCCAGGGUCUCUCUAUUAAACGGCGGUUUCGCCGAAUUUCAGAGUUGUUAUCCUAGUUUGGUUGAGGAUAAGCAACGACCUUGCGCCCCACUAGCGUCAGCGCUCUCCCAGCCAUGUAUGCCAACAACGAAUGCAGGCCUGACCCGAAUCUUGCCUUUCCUUUACUUGGGUUCACAGCAGGAUGCCCACAAUCGUCAAUUACUUUGGGACCACAACAUUACAUACGUGCUCAACGUCUCGGCAACAUGUCCGAAAGCCGACUUUAUUCCUGAACCACAGUUCCUUCGUAUUGCCGUAAAUGACAACUACAGCGAAAAGCUACUACCGCAUUUCAGCAAGGCGUCGCACUUUGUAGAGCGAGCUCGUGAGUCCGGCGGCUGUGUUCUCGUGCACUGUUUGGCUGGUGUCUCCCGUUCACCCACAAUGGCCAUCGCUUAUGUUAUGAAACAUCUUCGCUUAUCUUCUGACGAUGCGUACAGAUAUGUCAAAUCUAAACGUCCUACAAUAUCUCCAAACUUCAACUUUUUGGGACAACUUCUCGAAUAUGAGAAGGAGCUGAGACGUGAAAAAAUUUUGGAGGCAUCUGCGGAUAUAUGCUCAUCGGCGCCGGUACUUUCGCCGUCACGGCCGCUCAGUCCUGCCAGUGCAUUAUUGUCACCCACACGUGAAUGGGAUUUGCCUGUUACCAUCAGUCAGAAGAAACAGCGACUUUCGCCUCGUAUGGCAAUGCUACCCCGUCAGUUAACGUUGACUCUUAAGCAGCGGCCAAUGGAAACAGUUCAGGCCUCACCGCCUGAAGGUAAUAGCCCAGCCAGUGGAGCCGUGUCACCGACGACAGGGAUCGCCCGUCUGAAUUUUGGCGGUAGCCAGGAAAAUCUCUCGGUUCCGGAGCCUACGCGGCCAUUCGAGGUCGCACGUUCGUUGAGCUGCAACCUUGAGUGGCUGAGCGCGCAUGAGGACGAAAACUUGCCACCGCAAAAAAUCGAACGAAACGUAUCUCUGUCUCCGGGUUUGGAACGGCCGGUAGAGCUACUGCCUGGCUUUCAUCUACAGCAACUUCAGCAAUCCCACCCUGCCGCGCAGCCGGCGGACAGCUCGAUGGGUAAACGCAAAGAUCACUCGUUUAGCAAAGCGUUGUCGAAAACGUUAAGUGGUGCGUCGCUUCGACGGCAUUUCCGACGAUCCGAUUCGGUGUCGACAAGUGGCACUAGCGGAUACGGCUCUCAGAUCUCGGAUCACCUAGAUACGCUUGAGGAUGACAUCCUUUCGGACUCUGACGAAUCGUCGGUCGUGUUGCGCGCAUCGCAUAUUCAAAGCGAACACCAUGGUCAUAUCAAGGUGUCGCGCCACGACAGCGCUUACCGCUCGAUGACAUUCGAAGAGAGCCUCGCUCUGGGAUCUAGGGAAAGCAGAGACAAGGAGCAGCAAAAAUACAAACCACUUGGCAGCCCCCUAAGUCCUUCGGAGCAGCACCUCGUCAGUGACUUUGAAAUUGAGACGCUAUUUGAGGCUGACCAUCCGUUUCGAGUCGACCCGUUGAUAGCACAUGGAUGCCGUCGUGAGGCGGAAACACGAGUCCCACUGCUGUGGUCGAGCCAAUGCUCGAGUGCGCACACUGAGCUAGAAUCCUCACAUGACUCGGGCUAUAUUACGUCGAUUAGCUCGACGAGCAGUAGCCUUGCUUCAAGUAUACGCUCGUCCGUUGUGAGCUCGUCAACAUUAUCAGCAUGCGGUCGUCGAGCCACCGCAGGUAUCACCGAUUCAUGGCGAAGCCAAUCUUCGAGUUCACACGCCGAGCUGGAAUCAUCGCACGAUUCGGGCAUUGUGGCUUCGAUGACAUCGUCGACACCAAGUAUGCGCUCGUCUUCCAUCAUGAGUCUGCCAGGCUCAUCAACGUACAGACGCCUAAGGGCAGUGUUUUGCUCGCGAGAAGGAACAGCUAAUGUUGGCAGCGAAACUGAGCAACGAGCGACCAAAAUGUCGGAAGAGUGUGAAAGGAACGCGGAUAUAUAUGAGCAGAUUAUUGCCGAAUUUGAAGCCACGAGACAAUUUCAUACGAAGACGGACGCGAAGUUCGCACACAUUGCCAACCGGGUGCGAAUGAGCGCCGAACACGGUAAGCAGAUAGCCCUGCCUCGCGCACGAAGUCUACCUGGACUAGAAGUGCUCUACGCUAGUGAGUCCGUGUCUGGCAGUAACCGUUUUCAUGGUCAACAACCACGAAAUCGCCACUCGUAUUCAGGGGCCGUCGACCUCAACCGUGAAAGUCCGGGAUCUCCCGCGACAGCUCGAAUUGCUGUGAGCAUUACCGUUAGUUGAAGAAAUUAUCUAGAGGCCAAAUACAGAGCAGCAAAAAACUUAGUGUAUAUAAACGAUAUAACAAUCAGUGAAAUCAUCAGUACUGUAUAGAAAUGCUGCUAUGGUAUACUAGAUCGAUGCGAUAGUCAAAUUUAAGCAAACAAAAUAUCGACGACAUGUAAGAUAGUAACAGUAACUCGUAAAACUAAUACACUCAAUACACUUCAUCAAGAUGCUGCCCAUCACACUAAAGUGCGGUAUAAAGACAAAGUGAAUGGAUAUAAAACGAGAAUUAGGUAUUUGUCACACUUAUAAGGACGAUUUAAGUGACUAUUGAUGUGCAAUACACUCGGUACAACACUUGCGUAGUCUGAGAUAGGCCGUACAAGCCAAAUCCCAAAGUAGACCACUGUACACACGUGAUGUCUUACAACGCCCCACACACAUGUGGGUUGAUUAACAUACGCGUUUCCGUUCGAUUAAACGAUUGUAGAAAACCGAAAAUAUCCAAAUGGCGGAAGAUUGCUCACCACCAGCCGUGCCUCUCGUAUAGCGCGAUUCCGCCGUCUCGGAGUAUUUGUACCUGCUCUAUGUAAUUUCAAGCGAAAUACAUAUCGACACCAAUUCCAGAUAGCGAUUAUUUUGUUUAUUCCAGUAGCAGCGGUGGCAGGAGCGCCCCGGAAAGAAGAAUUAGAUCUCCCUCUCCCCCGAACUACCGUCCAGAUGUUAAGACGAGUCACGCGUUAGCUGAUAUGGAAAUGGGGUAACAUCUAGCGUGUAUACUUAUCAUAUACAUUGGAUUUUGUGCCGAUAAUAAUUACGCGGUUUGAUAUAAGCAGUAUAUCGCUGUAGAGUUCUGUAUUAAACAAUGAACGCAAUAGUCAUAUUCUGUAAAACCUAAAAAACCUGGUAUGAAGCUUACCCAUAAUGUUCAACUAUGUGUAUCUGCUCUCUAGUCUUGAGGUCCUCGAUGGCCUAAAGGCUUUGUUCCUCCUAAUUCCCAUAGCAUCCCCCUCCCCCUCCCCUCCCCCCUCUUAUAUCUAUAAUAAUGAAGGGAAGAAAGCAUAUCAUUAUCGUAAACAAGUGGCAACAAAAAAAGCAGACUAUAGAAAAAUAUGUCAUAAACAGUUUCUCUGAAUAGACGGGCUUGAUACGCCGCCUCCGAAUAGUGGAGUAUCUAUCAUCUUAAACGGUUACAUGAGUGUGAUUUAAUGAUAAGAAGUCCUAAUGAGUACGACGAAGCGGAAUUCGUGUAUGUAGAGGCAGAAGCAUGCAAGACACACUGAAAUUCGUCGCCGAUAAAAGGAAAGCGCUUAUUUCAACAAAUCGAUGACCAUAAUAAGAACACUGAAGCAGCAGUCAGUUGAUACACGACUAGAGGGCGGGGGGAAAAAGGCAGAAGAAGGCACUGUGGAAAGGAUGGGGGAAGGCGUAUCGGUAGAGUGAAGAAGCAAAAAAAUAUUAAAGUACUUUCGUCGUGCAAGCGCAUGUAUAUACAAAGAACGAUGGAAACGAGAUUAUGAAUGGACGAUUGGCGCACGGCAUCUGUAGCGAAGGCGGACGGCAAAUAUGAAAUGGCCAAUGGGUAUAGGAUAAUAUCAUAUGCGCGUAACAAAGAACCUGGAAAAUGACAACGGCAACGAGAAGAAAAAAAGCGGGCGAGUAGCCAAGUAAACAAAACAGGGUCAUCUUGUCAUUUAUCUAUUACUGUAUGGCACUAUACUAGUAUAAUACAAAUACCUACCGCGUCAAUCGUAUUACAAUAGUAUUUUUUCUGUUUCUCUUUUUGUGACUUUUCUUUGCUUCUGAAAAUACAUUGUAUACCAUGAUUGACUUGUUUAUUCACUAGCCUUCUCUUUUGAUCGUUGGUAGUUUUGACAGUUGGUGGCUAUUUUUGCUUUCCUUUCUUUUGCCUAAAUCCAGGAUUAACUGGCAAUUUUUUUUAUCACUCACUUCGCAAAACGCAAAUAUAUGCAACGUACGUAUCCGUGCGCACAGGCGGUGAAUUUCGAAUUUGAUCCGGUCGUCCAUUUGCGAAAUAAUAACGAUGCAAAUGUUGCAGUUUAUUUGACGGUUUUCUUAAUCCCGCCUACGCCGCUGAAACACGAACGAGGUUCACUAUAGUUUCAUACAUGACAAAACAUAAA